AUGGAGGGUCAACGAAGUUUGAAAAAAGUAAAUGUUUAUAAGCGUCUCCCAUAUUUAUACAUUGGGAUGUUUUUCAUUGGAGGUUUGCUUGAAGUGGUUUUUUGCUCCACAAAUUUUUAUCAAAUUUAUAACAUAGGUGAAAGUGAAAAAAAAUCAGAUGACGACAUAUCUGACCUUAUGAAAAGAUAUCAACUUAGACAGAAAAUUAAAGAAAAAACUACACAAAUAUCAGAAAAAUAA